UGCAAAUAUUUGCAGAAGGCUUUGGGCUACAGAGAAAAAGCUUUCAUCUUUUCUCUGAAUGAUCUCCUCAGGCACCUGAGGCCCCUUGAAGGAAAUCUUGCUGCUGAGAGGAGGGUCCUUGGCCUUCGCUGCUGGUCUCAUGAGGGUGACACUGGGUCUCCUGCUCUCAGCCCUCCUGGUGGAGUUGCUGGUGCCCAGCUGGGCCCUCGGUCCCCUUUCACCAGAGCAUCAGACAGGACUGGAGACUCUGGAGUCCAAGGAUCUUCAGAACCAAACUUGGGGGGAUAUGCAGGGUCCCCCUGAAAAAGAAGAGGAAAAGCAGGAGAAGGCAUGGCCGAGGACCUGCCUGCAGCAGCUCUCCAAUGAGACUUCAAACUUUGGGUUCAGGCUGCUGCGGAAGAUCUCCACAAGGCACGACGGCAACGUGUUCUUCUCCCCCCUCGGAAUGACCUUGGCCAUGGGGGCCUUGAUGCUGGGGGCCAAAGGACAGACCAGAGCCCAGGUGGAGCAGGGACUCGGCCUGCAAGCACUAAGCAGGACACAGCCCCUGCUCCUGCCCGCACUCUUCCAGCAGCUCAGAGAGACUCUCUCCAGCCAGCCUGAGCUGGGCCUUGCCCAGGGCAGCUUUGCCUUCAUCCACAAGGAUUUCGAAGUCAACGAGACCUUCCGCAAUUUAUCCAAGAGCUAUUUCGAUACAGUAUGUGUGCCUACAAAUUUCCACAAUGCCUCGCAGGCCCAAAGGCUUAUGAAUUAUUACAUUAACAAAGAGACUAGGGGGAAAAUUCCCCAGCUUUUUGAUGGCAUUAACCCUGAAACCAAAUUAAUUCUUGUGGGUUACAUCUUGUUCAAAGGGAAGUGGCUGACCCCCUUUGACCCUGUUCUCACGGAAGCUGACACUUUCCACUUGGACAAGUACAGGACAGUGAAGGUGCCUAUGAUGUACAGACAGGGAAAGUUUGCCUCCACCUUUGAUAGCAAUUUUCAUUGUCACGUUCUUCAACUGCCCUACCGAGGAAAUGCCACCAUGCUGGUGGUACUCACGGAGAAAAUGGGAGACCACCUCGACCUGGAAGACUACCUGACCGUAGACCUGGUGGAAAUGUGGCUCAGGAACAUGAAAACCAGGAAAAUGGAGGUUUUCUUUCCCAAGUUCAAGCUGGACCAGAAGUAUGAGAUGCACAAACUGCUCAAGCAGAUGGGAGUCACCAAGAUCUUCUCACCCUUGGCCGACCUCAGUGGACUGUCAGCUACUCUAAGAAAUCUGCAGGUGUCCAAGGUUCUACAACAAUCAGUGAUCGAAGUCGAUGAAAAAGGCACAGAGGCAGCGGCAGGAACGAUAUCACAAAUUACUGCUUACACCAUUCCCCCCACUGUCAAAGUGGACCGGCCGUUUCACUUCCUGAUCUAUGAGGAAACCUCCAGGACGCUCCUGUUUCUGGGCAGGGUGGUGGACCCUACUCUGCCCUGACUCACGACACACAUGAUGCUCAGCAUAACAGCAGGCCCUGAAGCGGAGGCAUCUGCACUCACACAGGAUGUCCCCUGGGUGACCAAGGAAAGGCCCCACCUCCUGUCCUCAGCUGCUGUGGGCUGUUAUCAAGUCGAGACACAUAUUAGACACACGUUUAUUAAAGGAGAUGUUUGUGCAAUC